AUGUCCUCUUCUCAAGAAGGUCCUCUAAUGAGCUUUCAAGCGGUGUUUGUAACAUCAAUUGGAGUGAUUUGCUCCGUUCUUACAAUUGUCAUGAACAUCUAUUUUAUCAAACGCAUCGGGAAAACUCGUCAGAAAAUGAUUCUCUUCUUCUACCGUCUUUUUAUUGACGCGGCCUAUGGUGUUCUGGCUUGCGCCUACUUGACGUUUUGCAUUUUGUAUUCAUUUUUCACUGAGGAGCUUCGUGCCCAGCAAGUUUUUAUAAUUUUCGUCGGCUUUCCACUUCAGACAGCAGGUGCUAUGAGAAUGAUUGUUGCAGUUGCGAUUUCGCUUGAAAGGGUUUUGGCAAUUCACACUCCUAUUAUGAUCCGCAAAUAUCGAGACUUGUGCCCAUCUGUGAUAAUUCUGCUAUUGGCUAUAGGUUUGGGAAUGCUCGAGAAUUUAAUUUUGCACCUUUUUUGUACUCUACACAUUUCCGCAAUUCCACGAAACUGUGGAGUGUUGCGAUGUGCUGUUGAUGCGUGCUUUUUUGACAUUUGGACAGUGAAUCGAUCGGUUGUGUUUGCUCUUAACUUUGCAUUUUCCGGUGUUCUUUCGACAAAACUGCUGAUUUUCCAUAAAUCACAUAGACAGAAUACAGGCGGAGUGCAUUGGAAGGUGAAUCAUCUUGCUAUGGUUGAUGCUGCAAAUGUAUUCUUAUGUAAUUUUUUUCCGACAUCAAUUUCCAAUUAUAUAGCUCAAUUUCCGUUUUCAAGCUUUAAGAACAUUGGACCUUACGUGUUCAUCAUAAAACUUAUCGGAAGUGCAGUCGAAUCGUACUUUAUUUUCAAAAUUUUACAGAGAAGAAGCGCUCGUUCUAGUGUUGUGAUAAGAACUUGGACUAACCACUGA